AUGUCCCAAAACGAUACCACCGAUAAUGAGGUGAUCACCAGAGGGGCGGUUGCGAGACAUGCCACCAAGAAUGACUUGUGGGUAAUCUUGCAUAACAAGGUUUACAAUAUUACACCCUACCUUGAGGAACAUCCUGGAGGGGUAGCUAUCUUAGUGGAAUCCGCGGGCCAAGACACCACCGAAGCAUUUGAAGACAUCGGCCACAGCACUGAUGCACGGGAGGUCUUGGAGAAAUAUCUCGUUGGCAGACUACCCGAUAAUGAGCGGUCUGAAACAACUACGACGGGGGCGGCUGACAUCACGCUCACUCCCCGAGAAACCUUUGCCCAUAAGGAAGAUGCCGCCAGCAAGAAGAAAGCCGCCAGCAAGAAGCAACUUCAAGCUCUAGCUUCAGCUAUUUCUAUUGGCCUUUUUUUUAUCACUGGGAUUAUCUUUCUCGGUACGAGAUCGAGUAAAGGUUUAUUCGCACUCGACAAGGCUGGUGGAUUUUGGGCUGGCUUUUGCAUUUCGUCUGUCGCUAGCGCAUUCAUGGCGGUAGCAGCGACGUUCUGGUUCAGCUCUUUGUUCAAAGGCAAAAAGAAACUUCCAUUUCCUGCGCAUAUCAAAGCUGGACCUGUCAUUGCUAGGAGACGGGCGAUCAACUCUGGAUUCUUGAAUCCACGAGAAUUCAAGAGCUUUCCCCUCGUGGAGAAACAUAAGAUCUCUCCGGAUACUUUCCGAUUUGUCUUCGGUCUUCCGGAAGCUGGUUCCAUUCUGGGGUUGCCAACAGGCCAACAUGUCUACAUACGGCAUGAAAAUGACAAGGGGGAAAUGGUAAGUCGGAGCUAUACUCCAGUGUCGAGUAAUCGCGAACGAGGACGGAUGGAGCUGGUCGUGAAGACCUAUCCCAACGGCUUCAUGUCGCAAUAUCUCGCAAAUCUUGCAAUUGGUGAUAAGGCAGAUUUCCGGGGCCCUGGUGGAAAGAUGAAAUAUACUCGGUAUCUGACUCGGGAAAUGGGCAUGAUUGCUGGUGGCUCAGGAAUCACACCUAUGUUCAGUAUCAUAAAAGCAGUUUGCACCAACGAGAAAGACAAUACAAAGCUUAGCGUGUUGUUUGCCAACCGAACCGAAAAGGAUAUCCUUCUUCGCGAGGAACUUGACGAUUAUGCUCGAACCUUCCCCCACAAAUUCAAGAUAUGGUACGUCUUGGAUUCGCCCCCAGAUGGAUGGCAAUACGGCAGUGGACACAUCAACAAGCAGUUAAUCCAAGAGCGACUCCCGGCCCAAAAUGGGGAAGAGUCCAAGAUCCUCUUGUGCGGUCCUCCGGGGAUGCAAAAGGCGAUAACCAAUACCCUAGUCGAGCUGGGGUUCCAUCGACCAACCGCUGUCGCACACGUUACGGAUGAGGUCUUUGUCUUUUGA